ACGUGGGUGGAAAAGCAAAGCAAGCGAGCUGUGAUAGUCUGUGUGGCACUGGUUGAGGGAACUGAGCCGGUGGGCGAGUCUGGAUAGUCUGUAAAACGCUGUGUGUAAGGCAGCUAUUUCAGUUGGACCUAGGUAGAGGAUCUGGUUAGGUGGGCCGCUGCCGAUACAAAAGAGAAGGAGAAAACACGCCCUGAAGCGUCAUUGCGCACAGCGGCGCCCGAAGAUUUAAUACCACUGGUUUCAGCUGGCUCUAACUCACCCGCCAGACGGAGCGAGAGCGAGAGAUCGAGAGAGAAAGAGAGAGAGGAGCAACUUCACCAGAAAGCCUGCGAGUACUCAAGAACAGGAGGAACUGGAACUGAGCCCUUUGGGAUUUUUCUGAAUCAAACACUUGCCUUAGACACUUCCCGUUGCGCCUCUUCUUUUUUUUGUACCGGCUUUUUUCUAAAUACCUUUUUAUACAUGAUGGUGGCAGUAUACAGGUAACAGAAUAUUGUUUUGUAUUUGCUGCACUGAUCAACUGGAUGUGACAACUACCGCGGACACAAAAGAGAGAGAAACAUUUUCUCUUUCGUUUUGCUGACCACAUCCUUGUUUAGUUUUUUGUCCUUGAACAGAAGUUAAUUGUUAUAACUGUUGAAAUACACUGCUUUGACAUCCUGUUUUUGGUCACUCAGUGUCGACCUGUGAGUGACUGUAGGACAUUUUUAGUAAGGACAGUAUUACAGUGUGUGUUAGAGGCCAAGCCCAGAGGAGCUAUCCAUUCGUCCUCUUCACAGCAGGACCAUACAUACACACAAGUGUACCGGCAUCUGUGUGCUAGCAGUGGACUUAGUCUCUGUGGGAACAUGGGUUCAGAGAAAGAUGCCGAAUCUCCGCACUCGUCUGUCAGUGGCCUCGCCAACCCCAAAUGCCGGACGCCGGGCAAGAAGCAGCGGCGCAUCUCCUUCCACAGCUUGUUCCAGAGUAAACGAGGGGGCCGCGGCGGCCCUCGUGGGGGCAAAGGGGCCUCUGCCCUACCCCUGACCCCCCAGCAGCAGCAGCCCCAGCCUCCGCCCCCCACUGCUCCCGCUCCCUCCCCUGCGCUGCCCUCGGAUGCCCCGCUGCCCCUGCCCAGCGGCGAGACGUCGGAGCCGCUGUCGUCCAGCCACGGGUCACUGGGCGGCUCGCGGGAAGGCUCUGGCUCCGGCUCGGCGACGGGAACGGGAACGGGAACGGCCGCCGGCUCGGUCUCGGGCGGCGAGCUGCUGGAGUGCCCGCUGUGCCUGACGCAGAAGCCGGCCGAGCAGCUGCCCGAGCUGCAGGGCUGCCGCCACCGCUCCUGCCUGGGCUGUCUGCGCCAGUACCUACGCAUCGAGAUCAGCGAGAGCCGCGUGCAGCUGGCCUGCCCCGAGUGCGCCGAGCGCCUGGCCCCGUCGCAGGUCGCCGCCAUCCUGGACGACCAGCCCAUGAUGGAGAAGUACGAGGAGUUCCUGCUGCGCCGCUGCCUUGCCUCCGACCCCGACUGCCGCUGGUGCCCUGCCCCGGACUGCGGCUUUGCACUGAUCGCAUCCGGCUGUGCCAGCUGCCCGCGGCUGGUGUGUGGAAGGGAGGGCUGCGGCGCGGAGUUCUGCUACCACUGCAAGCAGCCAUGGCACCCCAACCAGACGUGCGACUCAGCCCGCCAGCAGAGGAACAGCAACCACUCACCCAGCUACACCGCAGAGCAAGGCCCAGCGGACGACAUUAAGCCUUGCCCACGCUGUGGUGCUUACAUCAUUAAGAUGAAUGAUGGGAGCUGUAAUCACAUGACUUGCGCCGUGUGUGGCUGUGAGUUCUGUUGGCUCUGUAUGAAGGAGAUCUCAGACCUACACUACCUCAGCCCAUCUGGUUGUACCUUCUGGGGUAAGAAGCCAUGGAGUCGUAAGAAGAAGAUCCUGUGGCAGCUAGGCACUCUCAUUGGGGCGCCAGUGGGCAUCACUCUGAUCGCGGGCAUUGCAGUGCCUGCCAUGGUUAUUGGCAUCCCAGUGUACGUGGGGCGUAAGAUCCACUCACACUAUGAGGGGAAGAAGACGUCACAUCACCGUAGAAACCUUGCCAUCACAGGAGGCGUGGCCCUGUCUGUCAUCACCGCUCCCGUCAUCGCUGCGGUCAGCGUGGGUAUUGGUGUGCCUAUCAUGUUGGCGUAUGUGUACGGGGUUGUACCUAUCUCUCUUUGCCGUGGGGGUGGAUGCGGUGUGAGCCGUGGAAAAGGGAACGGUGUGCGGAUCGACUUCGAUGAAGAUGAUGGGCCAAUUACUGUGGCCGAUGCAUGGCGUGCUCUGAAGUCGCCCAGUCUUGGUGAGAGCAGCCUGGAGGGAGGGGCCAGCGGCCUGAGUACCACCUCUCCCAGUGAGGCCGUUUCCGUGGCACCAGGACCCCUCACUGAGACGCCACAUUUCAACACACUGGCAGGGGGCGCUCUAGGGGCGAGAGCCGGCAAAUACAGCAGACUGGAGGUGAAAGGCGGUGAGCUGGGGAAAGAGACGGUGAGGCGGGAGACUGGAAGCGACUGUGCCAGCACCAGGGGCAUGGCAGGAUCCAUCACCUCCUCCUACACCAUACCAGACCGGGAGGGCACCAACCUGGAGAUUCAGGUGGACAUUGAGACUAAACCCAGCCACCUCUGUCUGACCAGCGAGGAGGACUUGGCCCCUCCCACGGCUGCCAUGAUGGCGGCGGCGGCGGCCGCCGCUGAUGAGCCUCUGGACUGCAGCUCGAGGAGGGGCGGUGUGCUGGCGGGCUCGUUACUAGGGCUGUCACCGGGCGUGUCUCUCAGGGAAGGGCUUCGGGACGUGACGCUCGCACAGCCGGAGAGCAUCCGCAGUGACCUGGAGAUGUCGGACACGCAGUCGGACGACAUCGCCGAGCUCACCUCGGACGACUGCGACUCGCCUAGAGCUCCGCCCCCGCUCCAGCCCACCUGUCGAGUUCCGCCUCCCGGCGACGGCCUGCACUGUCCUGAUAAUGUCAUUUUGUACGUGUGACAGAGAGAGAGAGCAAGAGAGAAACGAGAUGAAGAGGAAGAGUUUCUGGCGAACGUAAUGCACAAUCAGCCAAGUCCUACAUCUCCCCAGCUCCUUGUUUGUUUAUGAAGCUUUUUUCCCCACAUUUGCUGCUUAUUAUUUUUUUUAACAAACUCCUUUAAAGGCAGGCAGCCCAUUGACACUAGUGCCAUCAGUCCCAGAAUUCCUUGGACCUGCCAUCCCAAAGCCCUCGGGUCCUCUGACACAAAAGAAGGGACAGGGAUCUACCAUAGAGACUUAUUGGUGGAGUGUACUGGCGAUGGGGCAGCUCUACUUCUGAGAGCAGGAUUUGAGUGUUUGUUUGUGCGUGUGUGUGUGUGUGUGUGUGUGUGUGUGUGUGUGUGUGUGUAUUGGGGGGGGGGGGGGGGGUCUACCUCUAAGAUAACUUGUAGAACUUCAUCUGUUUACUUCUUGGUGCAAAAAUGCCUUGGCUACUUUAGCAAAAACAGACUAACAGAAAAUAACAUUAAUUAAAAAUGUAUUAAUUUGCCACAAACAAAUCUUGCAAAAAAAACCCUUACAACUGACAGAACAAUGAUGAUAUGAUAUGGAUGGAAUCGGUGAGCACAUAGCCAUGGUGGGGUUUAAGAGGAGCCCAUGGGUGUCUGAAUGUACCUGGGAGUGGCUUACUGUCAAAGAAGUUUGCUUGUUCAUUUUUGUUAAAUAAUUAUUUAUAAAAUAUUUGAAUGACUUUGAAGCUGGAAGAAUGUUUGUGAACAUGUGCCUGCAUGGCCUUGGUGUGAGAAUUUGUGUGUGUGUGUGUGUGUGUGUGUGUGUGUGUGUGUGUGUGUGUGUGUGUGGAGUUUGCACAGAGACUAAUGUUCAGACAUGAAUCUCACUAGCACAGAGAUUCAGGUCUGAAGUUGGCUAGACUGUUUGUGUGUGUUUGUGUGUGUGUGUGUGUGUGUGUGUGUGUGUGUGUGUGUGUGUGUGUGUGUGUGUGUGUGAGAGAGAGAGCGAGAAAGAGGCUGAAAGGGAUCACAAGUUCACUUGAAUGGCUGACUUCCUGCCUUAAAAUGACAGUGCUAGCCCAGCACACACACUGGUUCUGCAACAAUCUUUCUAUAUAGUGACAUCACUGUCUGUGCGCAAACAUGUGUUUGUAUGUGUUGGUUUUCAUAUGUGUGGGUGUAGAUUUAUCUUGUGUGUGCGUGUACUGUUCGUUUGUGAGUAUACACAGAACACAGAGCAAAUGGUAAGCUGCACAAAGUUUUGAACACAUCUUCAAAGAUGAGCGAGGUGGGUUUAUCCAAUGUGAAUGUUGUUUGUCCCACUGCAGAAUGAAUGGAUGUGAGAGCACUUGAGCACUUUACUGCUAUGUUUACCUUUAUUUUGCUACUCUUUCCUUUUGCUGUCUUAUACUCUGUUUACGUGUGUGGAUGAGGAGGUGACUUAAAUUUGACAGAUACUUAACAGCCCAACAGUUUGAAAAGGGGCCUUACGUACCUUCUCCUCGCUCUCGCUGCUGAAUGCUUAAGUUUACAGGUUUGCCGAGGGUUACUUAUGAGAAAGAUAUUUUGGCAGUCUGACCAAUGAUUUUAAUGGACUCCGACUAUUAAAUCAAGAUGAAAUGUGAAUAAAGAAGUACACAUGACUGAGAAUAGUCCCUGAAACUAACAGCAAUACAGAAUGGUAAAAGGAAGACCAUGUAUUUGCUGAGUUUGUUACUGUAUGGCUCUUCUGUGUUAGACUAUAUCAUAAGACUGAUGUUUUGGAAAAAUAAAACAUUCUUUUCUGUG